GUGAGAGGUACCCAUGAGAUGUUUUGAGAAUUUUUAUACAAUUAUUUAUUUAAAUAAAAAAUGGCCGCCGUAGAGAGCGGAGACGAGAGACUCAGUGAGGAAAAGAGUGAAGAUGCCAACCAGACUCAGAGCUCCAACGACAAGGACCCUAAGACACACAGCAAGCCCAAGAAGGUGAGGCUGGAGCGGAGGGAUAUGGAGAAGGAGAGGCUGGAGUCUUCAUCCACCACCACUAUGUUCUCCCCUCCUCGUCCUCCAGUCCAGCAGCCCAGUGUAGAACAAGACCAGCCGCAGCUGGUUGAGGCGGGGCCCUCGGAACCCAUGGUUACUGCAGUUGGUGAGGCCUCGGGUCUAUUUGAGUCCCCUGCUUCGCCCAAACAGAGGAGGUCCAUCAUCAGAGACUGUGGUCCGCUCUACGACGACCCCUCUCUGCCCCAGGGCUGGACACGUAAACUCAAACAACGCAAGUCUGGGCGGUCCGCCGGAAAGUUUGACGUCUACUUGAUGAACCCAGAGGGGAAAGCCUUCCGUUCCAAGGUGGAGCUGAUUGCCUACUUCCAGAAGGUAGGAGACACCGCCACCGACCCCAACGACUUCGACUUCACCGUAACCGGGCGUGGCAGUCCCUCCCGCCGCGAGAAGAGACCCCCAAAGAAACCCAAGGUGAUGAAACCGUCAGGAAGGGGCCGGGGUCGGCCGAAGGGGAGUGGGAAGUUACGCCUGGCCAUGGAGGGCGUGGCAAUGAAGCGUGUGGUGGAGAAGAGUCCUGGGAGGCUCUUGGUCAAAAUGCCUUUCAGCGCAUCCAAGGCAUCUGAAGCGGCGGGGCAGCCGCCAUCGCAGGUCGUAGUCGCCACGAUGCGCCCUGGACGGAAAAGGAAGGCGGAGACACAACUGCAGACUGCUCCGAAAAAGCGGGGGCGUAAGCCAGGGUUGGUGUCAGCGGCAGUUGGGGUGGCGGAUUCCAGUACUUCCUCCUACGCAGCGGUUGCUAUCGUCGCCGCAGAAGUCAAAAGGAAAGCUCAGAAGGAGUCUUCCACUAAGCCAGUGCAGCAGACCGCUCUACCCAUCAAGAAACGCAAGACCAGAGAAACUGUUGAGGAGUCGAAAGACAUUCCAGCUAUAGCCGGGGCAGGGAGUGCUGUGGUGGUGGUGGCAGCAGAGAGGACAGACCAGGGACAGAAGGAUCAGGGACAGAAGGAUCAGGGACAGAAGGAUCAGGGACAGAAGGAUCAGGGACAGAAGGAUCAGGGACAGAAGGACCAUGGACAGAAGGAUCAGGGACAGAAGGAUCAGGGACAGAAGGAUCAGGUACAGAAGCUGCCAAAGAGUCCAGGGAGGAUGCACAAGGACAGUCCCGUGACUGCCGGGCUGACUGCAGAUGACAGUGGUGGGGCCAGCGUUGGGUCUAAUAGUGGGGCCAGUGGAGGCGGCAGCAGCAGUAGCAUCACUACCCCAAAGAGUCACAGCCACAAGAGAAAAGAGCGUACGCCGCACAAACACCUUCACCAUCGCCACCGUCGCCACAGUCACUCCUGUGUAGUGGAGGAUCCUCCUCCCCCACCCUCCCAGCGGCCCCCUCACCAUCACUUCCCCGGCUUGACUAUGGGCCUAGUCUCCCAUACAGCCAGGGCCUCGGUGAGGCCAGGGGCACUCCUGCAGAAUGAGCCCCAGGACCUGAGCACCUCCAGGGGACCCUGCCGGGCCAGCACCACCACGGCCAGAGGUGAGAGAGAGGAGGUCAGACAGGACAGGUGUCCAAAGCCUCCGGUAGCUGCAGUGGUGGGAAUGGGUGACACCAGGACCAACAAGCAUCAAGUGGACAUGGCAGCAGGGACGGUGGAAGGGAGGGAUUUGAGAGACAUUGUAUCCUUCUUGGUCGUCCCCAGACCCAGCCGGGAGGAGACCGUCUCAGCCGUACCCAGACCCAGCCGGGAGGAGACGGUCUCAGCCGUACCCAGACCCAGCCGGGAGGAGACGGUCUCAGCCGUACCCAGACCCAGCCGGGAGGAGACGGUCUCAGCCGUACCCAGACCUAGCCGGGAGGACACGGUCUCAGCCGUACCCAGACCCAGCCGGGAGGAGACCGUCUCAGCCGUACCCAGACCUAGCCGGGAGGACACGGUCUCAGCCGUACCCAGACCUAGCCGGGAGGAAACGGUCGAGUCUCGGACACCGGUCACUGAAAGGGUUAGUUGACUGCAUUGCAGGACCCAUGUCUGUAAGGAGAGAGGAGACGUUUAGUGCAGCAGUGGAUUUUAUAAGAAAACAACAAACAGAAAAUGUGUACAUAAAAACAAAAGGCAGCUGUUGGUUGAUGUUCUUUCUGUGGGUUGGGCUGUUUAUCUGUUUAUUGACAAACAAAUAACGCAGCUUAAUGGACAUCCCACAACAGAUUGCUUCCUGAUAC